UCCGUCUUUUCCGGUCUCCGAUCGGCGGUCCCGUCACCAGGCGAACCGACAACAGACUCGAACGAACAAAACCUAACGCGACAGCCGAAGAGAAGCGGAGGUGCGCUUUUGUCUCCCGCACGCCACCCCUCCCCCCUCUCUCUCUCCCCGAUCUACGGCCUCCCCAGUCCCUAUUCGUUUUCCAGGGACUCCGAUCGAAGCCUCUUCUCCCGUAGUCGUCGAAUUUUGGUCGGUUUAUGCUCGAGGGACGGUUCAUCCCAUGUCGGGCUUUGUGCUUCCCGAUUCGGAUUUGGACGUUGGCUGCUGCGGCUGCCUCGGGUUCCUCAAGAAGCCCGACGAUGAUGUGGAUUUCGAGAAAGUGUGGAUGCUGGGUCGCGGCCGGAAGAUGGCGCCUUUGAUGCUGCCGACGAAUCGCCCCAUCUGCAGGGAGAAACCCGUGAAGGAAACGAAACGUUUGACUCUGGACCGGGAUGCUUCUGGACAAAAGAUGAUCAAUGAGUAUGUCAAAGAAUGUACCGUAGGCCAUGGAAGCUAUGGGAAAGUGGUAUUAUAUCGGAGCAAUAACGAUGGCAAGCAGUAUGCAAUCAAGGCAUUUUACAAGUCUCGUCUCUCUAGGUUGCAAGUUACUUCCACUGAAACAGCUAUGACAGAUGUUUUUAGGGAGGUAUCAAUUAUGAAGAUAAUAGAACAUCCAAAUCUAAUUAAUCUUAUUGAAGUGAUCGAUGACCCAGAGUCAGAUAAUUUAUACAUGGUACUAGAAUAUGUGGAAGGCAGCUCGGUAUGUGGUUCUUCUGGUACACUUGGAGGGAUAGGAGAAAUUACCUCUAGACGAUACUUGAGAGGCAUAAUUGCUGGGCUCGUAUAUCUGCAUGCUCAUGAUAUUGUCCAUGGAGAUAUCAAGCCUGAUAACCUUUUGGUAACAAGAGAGGGAGCAGUAAAAAUUGGUGAUUUCAGUGUCAGCCAUGCUUUUGAGGAUGGCAAUGAUGUCCUUUGCAGGUCUCCUGGAACCCCUGUUUUUACUGCACCUGAAUGCUGUUUAGGAUCAAGUUACCAUGGUAAAGUUGCUGACAUAUGGGCUGUUGGUGUGACAUUAUACUGUAUGACAUUAGGCUGUUGCCCAUUUGUUGGAGAUAGUUUAAAAGAUACAUAUGACAAGAUAGUUCAUAGUCCAUUGGAUCUGCCCAAGGAAGUUGAUCCUGAGCUGAAGGAUUUACUAAAGGGACUUUUGUGUAAAGAUCCAGUGCAGAGGAUGACACUAGUUGAUGUGGCCGAUCAUCCCUGGGUAGUCAGGGACUGUGGAUCAAUACCUCGGACAUCAUGUUUAUGCAAAAGUGGCAGCACUCGAAAGGAAAAUCAGAUGGGAUCCAAAUCUGACACAAAUGGUACCUGAACGCUAAAGUUUCAUAAGUUAUUAACUUGUUUCUUUUACAAAAUUGCAUUGACUGCCACUAGCAAAACUCUCUUGGAACUGGGGUGUGUCAAAAUGAAUUGAACCGAUCAAUUUGGGUUAAUACCAAAUCUCCCUUUUCCAACACUCGUUAAUUAUUAUAAUGCUUCGGCAUGUUAUCUGCUCUUGUAUGUUACCAGUAGGCAUAGAAAUGUAAUCAAAGCAAUUUCAUACUUACAGAGAGCCACUGUAAUUUACUGAACAUAAAUUGAUUGUUGUAUGAGAUGGCUGUCAUUUUAUGCCGUGUAAUUGAGGUGUAGGGUUUUGCUUUC